AUGGUCUAUGUUCUUUCCACUGGCUCCAAUAGAUUUUGUGAAUCGUGUCAAUCUUCGAAAAGCAAAACCUUCUCGCCAAUUACACUCCUUCCCAAUGAUGAUGAAUCAUCACUUUCGAAAGUUAAAAAGAUUGCAUGUGGAAGGGAACAUACUAUGAUAUUGUUGCAGGAUGGUCAAUUAUUCGGAAUUGGUAAUAAUCAUAACGGACAAGUGUUUGGUACGAGUAAAACUGAUGACUCACUAAAGAUCAUUCCUGUUGGAACGUUUCUUGAGAAGGGAGAGAUGAUUGUGGAUGCUUUCUGCUCUCAGAUCAAUAGUUAUGUAAUUACAAAUUGUGGAAAUAUUUAUUGGAGUGGAUUUGAAACUAAAUCACAUAGUUUUGUUAAAAUUGAGAAAGAAGAGAAUGAAGAGAUUAACGGGUUUUAUACUAGUGCUAGUGCUGGACAUUUCUUUGUGAAAAUAGGCUGCAAGAUUUAUGGAUCUGGAUGGAAUUCUUGUGGACAAUUAGGAAAUGGAACUAGAAUUGAUAAGUAUGGAACUCUUUCACUUGUUUCAUUUGAAGAUUAUAACAAAGUUGAAAAAAUUGCAAUGGGUGCUCAAUUCACUGUGAUUGCUACUGAAUUUGAAUUAUAUGGUUGUGGAUUAAAUGAUGCAAAUUCAUACUCCUCUUCUAAUGAAAGAAAUAACGAAUUUUUUAAACCAAUUACAAUACCUUUUCAUGGAAAGAAAAUUAGUAAUGUUACCUGUGGAGGGUUAUGUACAAUAGUUCAAUUGGAGAAUAAUGAAAUUUUUGGAGUUGGAAAACAUGUUGGAAAUUAUUAUAAAAAACUUGAUAUUAAUGAGCCAAUUGUUUGUAAGUUUAUAAAGUUAAAUUGA